UUACUCUCCCUGAAAGGAAGAGCGUGAUCAUGGUCCGACGGUUGGAUGAGCAGCCAGCGAAGAAUUAGAAGAGAUGUGACACGUGUUCCCCUAGGACACUUGUUUCCCACACGAUUCUUACACUCAAGAAUCUCCCUUUUUAAAGUUGAAAGCCCAAGCCUAGACACUUCCCUCGCAUUAAGCAUCCAUGGCGGCGUUUGCCCGAAUCGGCCGAAGAAACCUCACUAACUUAUCACCGUCCUUCCUCCUUCCUCCAGCCCUUCUCAUUUGUUGCAGAGGAAUCGCUUCCAAGCUUUUCGUUGGAGGGCUGUCAUUUUACACCACUGAGAAGGGCUUAUCAGAGCAUUUUUCUCAAUAUGGCCAAGUUGUUGAAGCUAAAAUUGUAAUGGAUAGAGUCUCAGACAGAUCAAAAGGUUUUGGAUUUGUAACCUUUGCUUCAGAAGAAGAAGCCCAGAAAGCCAGAACUGAGAUGGAUGGAAAGGAACUGAAUGGACGCACUAUUUUUGUGGAUUAUGCAAAGCCAAGAGCUGAUUUCGGUGGUGGAAUACCCAUAGCAAGAGGACCCCCCGAACCAACAGCUGAUAGUUGAUUACCUUUCAUGAAGAUACUGUUUGUGGAUCUGAUGCCCCAACAUUGAAUGGUGGCUGGAGAAAUUGUUCUCCUUACUAGAAUUAUUGUUCUUGCAGGUUGUUAACCCUAUUUCCUGUAGCAGGAAGUAGUACUUAAUGAUAGAAGCGUUGCAUCUCACUUUACACCGUAAACUUGCUGUCUCAAAAUCAAGAUGGUGAGGCUUUUAGCUGCUGCACCAAAAGAGUUUCUUCUCCUUUUUCACAAACAUUAUUUAGUUAGAACAGGAAAAUAAAGCCAUAUUUAUUCGUCGGUGAUUACAGUGACUGGUCCUAUCAUUAUGUGAAAUUAAUUUUAGCUUCAUUUUGAUUUAA